AUGCCCUUCCUAAUGAAACUAUCGGUUGUUCUUACACUUUCUCACAAGUUCUUCCCUCAGUUCCUCCCUCAGUCCCUCCCUCAGUCCCUCCCUCAGUCCCUCCCUCAGUUCCUCCCUCAGUUCCUCCCUCAGUUCCUCCCUCAGUUCCUCCCUCAGUUCCUCCCUCAGUCCCUCCCUCAGUCCCUCCCUCAGUCCCUCCCUCAGUCCCUCCCUCAGUUCCUCCCUCAGUUCCUCCCUCAGUCCCUCCCUCAGUUCCUCCCUCAGUCCCUCCCUCAGUUCCUCCCUCAGUUCCUCCCUCAGUUCCUCCCUCAGUUCCUCCCUCAGUCCCUCCCUCAGUCCCUCCCUCAGUCCCUCCCUCAGUUCCUCCCUCAGUCCCUCCCUCAGUUCCUCCCUCAGUUCCUCCCUCAUCCCUCCCUCGGUUCCCCCUCCGUUCCUCCCUCAGUUCCUCCCUCAUCCCUCCCUCAGUCCCUCCCUCAGUUCCUCCCUCAGUCCCUCCCUCAGUUCCUCCCUCAGUCCCUCCCUCAGUUCCUCCCUCAGUCCCUCCCUCAGUUCCUCCCUCAGUUCCUCCCUCAGUUCCUCCCUCAGUCCCUCCCUCAGUCCCUCCCUCAGUUCCUCCCUCAGUCCCUCCCUCAGUUCCUCCCUCAGUCCCUCCCUCAGUUCCUCCCUCAGUUCCUCCCUCAGUUCCUCCCUCAGUUCCUCCCUCAGUUCCUCCCUCAGUUCCUCCCUCAGUCCCUCCCUCAGUUCCUCCCUCAGUUCCUCCCUCAGUCCCUCCCUCAGUCCCUCCCUCAGUUCCUCCCUCAGUUCCUCCCUCAGUUCCUCCCUCAGUUCCUCCCUCAGUUCCUCCCUCAGUCCCUCCCUCAGUUCCUCCCUCAGUCCCUCCCUCAGUCCCUCCCUCAGUCCCUCCCUCAGUUCCUCCCUCAGUUCCUCCCUCAGUUCCUCCCUCAGUUCCUCCCUCAGUUCCUCCCUCAGUUCCUCCCUCAGUCCCUCCCUCAGUCCCUCCCUCAGUUCCUCCCUCAGUUCCUCCCUCAGUCCCUCCCUCAGUUCCUCCCUCAGUCCCUCCCUCAGUUCCUCCCUCAGUUCCUCCCUCAGUUCCUCCCUCAGUUCCUCCCUCAGUCCCUCCCUCAGUUCCUCCCUCAGUUCCUCCCUCAGUCCCUCCCUCAGUUCCUCCCUCAGUCCCUCCCUCAGUUCCUCCCUCAGUUCCUCCCUCAGUUCCUCCCUCAGUUCCUCCCUCAGUUCCUCCCUCAGUCCCUCCCUCAGUUCCUCCCUCAGUUCCUCCCUCAGUUCCUCCCUCAGUUCCUCCCUCAGUUCCUCCCUCAGUUCCUCCCUCAGUUCCUCCCUCAGUCCCUCCCUCAGUUCCUCCCUCAGUUCCUCCCUCAGUUCCUCCCUCAGUUCCUCCCUCAGUUCCUCCCUCAGUCCCUCCCUCAGUCCCUCCCUCAGUUCCUCCCUCAGUUCCUCCCUCAGUUCCUCCCUCAGUUCCUCCCUCAGUUCCUCCCUCAGUUCCUCCCAUCGCGCUUAUGGAGCCAUGAGGAGCUGACCAUGGCAAUGGAGCUGGUCUGGUCUUCCCAGGCGAGCUGCUGGCGUGGCGUAUUUCAGCAACGCUGA